CCUUUGUAAAUGAGAGAAAGUCGGAGUUCUGCCAAACUAUGACGUUCAUGGAGUAUCUGUUACGGAAAUGUUUUCACAACAUGAAACCCCAAGCAGGGGAAUGCCUGCAUUAUAAGAAACUCGCACAUUCGGAGUAAAACCAUCAACGCACACAACACACUGUCGAGUGAACAUCUAAGUAAAGGUACGGAGAAGAGAGAAUAUAGAAGGUGCAAGACUUCCAGCAGAAAUAUCUUCAAUCCUAUUUGACUACAAACGAGUAUGACGAAAGACAUCGUGAUUGUUGGUGAUGGAAUGAGCGGGAAAACGUCGGCUAUAAAAGUCUACCUUGGUAAACAAUUUCCAAGCAAAUACAUGCCUACUAUCUGCGAAAGUCAUACGAAGAAAGUUCGACUUAAUGGGAGACCUAUAUCUUUGCAACUUUGGGACACCGCUGUACAAGAGGAUAUCGAAGUAUUUCGACCAAUGUUGUAUCGAAAAGCAUCGGUGUUUAUUGUUAUGUACUCAAUUGACCGACCAGAAUCCCUGGAAAACGUUUACGAGAAAUGGACACCAGAAUUAAGAAAUUAUUGCCCUAACGUCCCAAUUAUAUUGGUUGGAAACAAAAUGGAUCGUCGACAGCUGUCGUCAGCUCAUGGCCAGCGGUGGUCAAAAAACGACGAAGUGCCAGUGAGUUCGUCAACAGGACGCGAGAUUGCAAGGAAAAUAAAUGCAUUCGCGUACAAAGAAUGUUCAGCUUUAUCUGGGAAGGCGUCAAAGAGAUAUUUCAAGUAGCCUUGCAAGCAACGCAAGAAAGGAAAGGACAGGAUCCUUGGAAGCGAUUGAAGGACGCCAUGAUUCCUAAAGCAUGCAACAAAGCAAAUAAAAGUCUCGCGUGC